AGCUAGAAUUUUGCAAUUUUUGGUGGAAUUGCGGGAAGAGCAGUGCUACGGGCACUCGCUUUUUGCACUCUCCGGCCAACACUUUCCCUUUCAUUGGGCCACAUUGCAAGAUGGCAUUGCUAGGAAAAUGGACAAGGCAACGGAGAAAAGUCUUUCAGAUUGUUGUGAUGAAUUGAGUCGGGCAUCAAGACUGAUGGAGGCUAUGAAAAAAGUUAAAUAUGCACUGAUCUUAGAUGAUGUAUGGGAUAAAUUUACUCUUCACAGAAUUGGAAUCCCAGAACCAACAAUGGAAAAUGGGUGUAAAAUUGUUAUUACUAGCAGAUCGAUUGAUGUAUGCAACUACUUGAAAUGUCAGGUAGUUAAAGUACCACCUCUACCAGAGCAAGAGUCUUUGACCUUGUUUUUAGAGAAGGUUGGGCAAGAUGUUCUACAAAUUCCCAAUUUGGAAGAGAUUUUGAAGCUUAUGGUGGCUGAAUGCGCUGGUUUGCCAUUGGCCAUUGUUGUCAUUGCGGGGAGCAUGAGAGGAGUACAAGAUAUUUCUGAGUGGAGAAAUGCAUUACGUGAAUUGCGUCAAUGUGUGGUGGACACAGAGAAAGAUUCAGAAGAUGAGAUAUUUAAUCGUUUGAAGUUCAGUUAUGACCGUCUACCAAAAAAUUCAAGCAUCCAAGAGUGUUUCUUAUACUGCUCAUUGUACCUGGAAGAUUGGAAUAUUAGAAGAAAAGAUCUAAUUGAAAACUGGAUUUGUGAGGGAACUGUUCAAAAAUUAGGAAGCAGAAGAGAAAUGCAUGAUAAAGGAAAUGCUAUUUUAAAUAGGCUUUUAAACUGUUGUUUGUUAGAGGAAGCCAAUAAAAAGGCGUGUGUUAAGAUGCAUGAUGUUGUGAGGGACAUGGCAUUGCGCAUCAAGAGCACGGGUCCUGGCAGGUUUAUGGUAAAAGCUGGAAUGAGAUUGGAAGAGAUACCGGAUGAGGAUGAAUGGAAUGAAGAUCUAGACAAGGUCUCCCUCAUGAAAAAUCUAAUAUCAGAUAUCCCUCAAAAUAUGUCCCCCAAAUGCUUGAUGCUCUCAACCUUGAUUUUGGAGGGCAAUAAAGGAUUGAGACAAAUUUCAGAGUGGUUUUUUGCUAACAUGCCUCGGCUGAAGUUUCUUGAUCUUUCUAGAACUAGCAUUGAGGUUCUACCUAAUUCCAUAUGUAACUUGGAAUAUCUCACUGCACUGAUCUUCUGUGGAUGUAAGCGUUUAAAACGCAUGCCUUCCUUGUCAAAGCUUAAAGCACUGAAGAAGUUGGAUUUGGAUGGAGCAGGCCUUUGUAAGGCUCCUAAAGGCAUUGAAAUGUUAGAAAAUCUAGAAUAUCUUGAUUUAUCUUGUCCCAACCUGAGGGUGCUACCAAGAGGAAAAAUCAGUAAGCUCUUCCGCCUCCAAUACCUACGUAAACAUUGGAUUGUUUCAACUGAAAUAAGAGGAGAAGAAGUAGCAGGAUUGAAGAUGCUGGAAUGGUUUGAAGGUAGAUUUUAUUGGAUGAAAGACUACAGCAGUUUUGUUAGCAAGUUGAACCUUUUUGGAAGACCCAGUCAUUACUUUAUCAAAGUGGGAGGCAAAGACAAAAACAAGGAGGGGCAUUUUUGGAAGUUCAACAAUAAUGAUCUUACUAAACGGGUAAUUUUAAACAGAUGCGAGAUAGGAGAAGAAGAUGAGUUUGUCCUUCCAGAUGACCUCCAGGAUUUGAGGAUUGAAUCCUGCAAUGCGGUCGUUAUGAAUAACCUUGAAGUAUUAAUUCUUGAGCAUUUGAUUAGCUUGAGGGAUGUUCUGAAAGUGGAAAAAAUAAGAGCAUCGCUUGCACCGACAAUAUCCCUUCACAUCUUUCCCAAUCUUAAACAGCUGAGGGUAUGCAAUUGUCCAAAAUUGAAGAAGCUUUUUCCAUGGGAGCUGCUGCAGGGUCAGGGCCUCCAAAACUUGGAGCUGAUUGAGGUGAAAGAUUGUGAGGGGAUGGAGGAAAUAAUAGGAUGGGAAGAAGAAGAGGAAGGAAAUCAAACAACUACUCCAAUAUUGAUCACUCUUCCAAAAUUAAGGAUAUUGAAGUUGCAAUUCCUACCAGAAUUGAAGAGAAUCUGCCCCGAAAGAGGAGUAAUGGUUUGUGAAUCUCUCAAUAGCAUCAAGAUCAAUGCCUGUGUGAAGGUAAAGAGGAUUCCCCUUUGUCUUAGAAGGGAAAACGCGCAACCAUCUCUUCCUGCUGUCAAAUAUAUCUUUAUUUACAAUCCAGAAGAAUGGUGGGAAUCGUUGGAGUGGGAGUAUCCUGACGAUAAGAUUGUCCUCCUACCUUUCCUCAAAUAUAAUGAGAUCUGCUGGGACACUUGGGUAAAUAUUACAUAUGAGUCUGUUUAGCGUUUCCUUUUGCCUCUACGAGUUUCAAUUAUCAAUUGACUAGUUUCUAAUGCGUAGCUCAGCUCAGGGAGCAAGAACCUGAAUGGAUUUCUUGAGUCAUCCAUUGAAUAUCAAUCUGGUCAAUCUGUGUCCACUUUCUAAUGCCCAGUCCAGGCUGCAUCUCUUACCAUCUCAAACCUAUUUCUUCAACUCGACAAAAUAUACAGCUAAAGGAAAACAGAAAAAAAAUGGGACUCACACUCACUUCAAUCCAAUGAAAUCUUUGUGGGCUCUUAUAUAUUGCUUCUCUGAAGCUGAGCCCUGGUGCUCAGCAUCUGACUUAAUGGAGUGUAUGUGAAUAGGAUAUAUAUGAGUUGGUAUAGUUGGCUUAUUGCUCAACUCUUGCAGCCAUUCAACCUAUACAUAGGCCAUAACAGACCCAAGGUAUGAAUUUCUCUCAGAUUUGAUCUAUUGAUUUUGUUAAAAACUUCCGUGGCUAACUUGAGCAUCUUAAGUUCCCUGCCAGAACACAUUUUUGCAGCCCUUCACUAUCUUUCCUCCUGCUUUCAGAUUGUGCUUUCUUAUGUACCAGCUGCCUCUACCUUCCUAUUCUACACUAGUAAAUUUUCAAGAUUUGU